CGGUUUCGUUUUGGAUGAUACGUGAAGGCACCACUCAGGCUCUCCAUCUCUAUCGGAGUGCACAUGCCCAUUUGCAAGGGUUUGCUCGCACUAAUCAACCGCGCACCGUUAUCUGGGCCAAGCUGUCAUCUGCUGUCUCUCUUUAACAUACAACCGUGUCUUUACGCGGGUUUUGGUGAUACUUUCAGCAGACCAAACGUACAAGAUACUGUCUCUGGUUUUGUUGUUCAAAGCGGAGAAACGGCUUUUAUCGAGGCAAUUUCUCAGCAGUUACAAGAAGGCGCAAGAUGAAUUUGGACAGGGGUUGGAUGUGGCAUGCACUGCUCCUGUCUUACCUGGCUUUGGCAGUGGUAGCCCAAGAGAAGCAGUCAGAGGCUGAUGUUUCAGACAUCGAUGCAAAUAUGGGCUUAGAUGAGGAGGAAUUAAAGGUUCUGAUGGCUGAGGAGGAGGAGGCAACUGUGAUGGAUGAAGAACAAUCUGAUGAGACAGACAGAAUGGACACAGCGAGCGUGAAGGAUGGCAAAGCUGGAAUGGAUGAAAAUGUCUCCUUCCAGGUAACAUACAAGACUCCUGUUGCCACUGGAGAUGUCUAUUUUGCAGAGACGUUUGAUGAUGGGACACUGGACAGAUGGCACCUGUCAAAGACGGUGAAGGGCGAUGCAGAUGAUGACAUCGCCAAAUAUGAUGGGAAGUGGGCUGUGGAGCAGCUGAAAGAGAACAAGGUUCCAGGAGACCUUGGCCUGGUGCUCAAGUCCCGGGCCAAGCACCAUGCCAUUGCUGCAAUGCUAAACAAACCUUUUGUCUUCCAGAAUGAACCUCUGGUCAUACAGUACGAGGUGAAUUUCCAGGAUGGUAUCGACUGUGGUGGAGCAUACAUUAAACUGCUUUCAGACACUGGCAAUCUCAAUCUGGAGCAAUUUCAUGACCGCACACCCUACACUAUCAUGUUUGGACCAGACAAGUGUGGCGAAGACUACAAACUGCACUUCAUCUUCCGCCAUCGGAAUCCUCUCAACAAAGACAUGGAGGAGAAGCACGCCAAGAGGGCCGACGUCGACCUCAAGAAGUUUUACACUGACAAGAAGACUCACCUCUACACUCUGGUCUUGAACCCAGACAACAGUUACGAGAUGUUCAUCGACCAGUCUAGUGUGAGCCGUGGCAACCUGCUGCAUGAUGUGGUGCCUCCAGUCAACCCUCCCAAAGAGACAGACGACCCAAAUGACUCCAAGCCUGAGGACUGGGAUGAGAGGGCCAAGAUUCCUGACCCAGAAGCUGUCAAGCCUGAUGACUGGGAUGAGGAUGCCCCUGCUAAGCUUGAGGAUCCUGAUGCUGUGAAGCCUGAGGGCUGGCUGGAUGAUGAACCAGAGUUUGUCUCAGAUCCUAACGCUGAGAAACCAGAAGACUGGGAUGAGGAGAUGGACGGAGAAUGGGAGGCUCCUCAGAUUCCUAACCUGGCUUGUGAGACAGCUCCUGGCUGUGGGGAGUGGAAACGUCCCAUGAUCAAUAACCCACAGUACAAGGGCAAGUGGAAAGCCCCUCUAGUGGGAGUCUGGAAGCCACGUAAGAUCAAUAACCCAGACUAUUUUGAGGACUUGCAGCCUUUCAGGAUGACCUCCUUCAAAGCUCUGGGCUUGGAGUUGUGGUCCAUGACCUCGAAUAUCUACUUUGACAACUUCAUUAUCACCUCUCACAAGGAGGUGGCCGACCGCUGGGCAUCUGACAGCUGGGGGCUGAAGAAACUGGUGGCUAGUGCUAAUGAGCCAGGGAUUUUUGCUCAGCUGAUGAUGGCAGCAGAAGAACGACCAUGGCUCUGGGUGAUCUACAUCCUGACAGUAGGCCUGCCCGUAGGACUGACUGUGCUCUUCUGCUGGCCAAAGAAAGCCGAAGAGGACUACAUGUACAAGAAGGUAGAUGUGCCCCAGGCUGAUAUAGAAGAAGAGGAGGAGGAGGAGGAGGAGGAUGAAGAGGAGACAGCAGCAGCAGCAGAUGAGGAAGACAAAGCAACUGAGGCCACAGAAGGAGCACCAGUGGCAGGAGAAGUGACAGGGGAAGCUGAGGAGGAAGAAGAGGCUGAUGUCAAAGCGGGAGGGGACAAUCUAGAGGCGAGUGAUGAAGAGGAGGAGGAAGAGGAAAGCAAAGCUCCUGAAAAAACAUUAGGAGAUGAGUCCAGUUCCGGCCUGCAGCCAAAGGAGGGAGGAGACAUUGCCAAAGACAGCUACAAACAAGCUGUGAGAAAGAGGAGGGUACGGAAAGACUGAAGAGGUGACCCCAACACCUACUGUGUCCUGUGUCCCACGAUGGGGUGGAGGUGGGAGGGCCGUCUCUGCUGCUCCCCCCAGUCUAAGCAGAGCAGCAUGUAAUUCCUCCAAACCACCUGGCAGCCUGCAGUCACCCUGGCUGCCCCAUCCAUGUCUCCUCCAUACCUCAACUACUCCCACCCCAUCCUGUAUCAUUCCUCCUCUCAUCUCAUCUCAUCCCUUCCUUUCUGCUCAUUCAGCUAUCAAAUGAAUUCCCUGGAGAUUUUGUGCAUUUAGCUGUUUUCUUUCCUCCAUCCGUCUCCCCUUCUA